GUGCAGUUCUCUACUGUACGCACACGAGUGACUACUUGCUACUUAUCCACUUGUCUUCUUGCUACUUGCUACUUGCUACUUGUUACUUGCUACUCCACAGCUCAUGCAGGGCGAUGGAGCCUGCCAUAUUGCUCAUAGACCAUCCCAGCUUUGGCCAAUGUGCCGUCGCUGCUCGAGACUUCAGAGCAGGAGAGCUCGUCCUCAAUGAAGAACCAGCCUGUCUUGUCCACUACAGACUUGAUCCAGCUGCAACGGAGGCCAAACAGACGCUCAAUGCUCAUCAGCUAUACAGGCGUAAAAGAGCAUUCAUGACUUUGAACCAGCCUGCCAUCGUCAUGCUGUACUUCUGCAGCUAUGACCAGCAGAAACGAUCUAAGCUCAUGCAGCGCUUUCAUGUGCCUCACAUCACGACUGCUGCUGAGAAUGCAUCCGUAGCGUACAGAGCAGCUCUACAAGGUGUCCGUCAGCUCCGUCAGCGUCAAGCAGAUCUCACAGAAGUGGCAAACUUCUCAGACCAAGAGCUCAUCAAUUUCUCUCUAGUCAUGACAGCGAAUGCGCAUGAGCUAGAGGAUAUGACCAUUGGUCUCUUGACAGAUGGCGCCAAAAUCUCACAUGCCUGUUUCUGUCCCAACGUAGCAGCAUCAACGCGACCACUCCGGGAUGGCACAUCACUUGACACCGCCAAACAUAUUGCACUGCGGCCUAUAGCAAAAGGGGAAGUUCUCUUUGGGAGCUAUGCAAAACUCACAUACACGCCACGGGACGAGCGGAUAGCGUAUCUCAUGGACAACAAGCUCUUUGUAUGUCAAUGCAAAGACUGUGUGGAGAAGGAGGCGACCGCGAAAGUCAUGGAUCAGACGCUCUCAAAGGCUAUACAAGGUGACCCUCAAAAAGCAGCACUGAUGAUUGAUCUCGCCAGGCAAUUACUGCGGCAAGAACACUGGCUGCAUGUGAAUUAUGCGCAAGCUGCUUCUAUCCUGGCCGAGUGUAUCGAUCGGUGCUUGCAGAACCCUACAAAUGCACUCGGCAAGGCAGAGGUCGAGACGCUCCUCGAUUUGGCGCAACAGCUCGAUACCAAGCAAACUCAUUGGCUGAAGGGAAAAGCAAAUCCUGCAGAGGAGUUACUACAGUGCCGUCUUGCACUCGCUCAAGCCUGCAUGACUCGUGCUGUCUUACAGCAUGAAGUGAUACCAGUGUGUAUGGACCAUGCUCAGCGACUGUUACUGCUUGUUCGCCAGGUGAUUGAAGAGCGAAGGAGCUGGCCUAUUGGACAUGCGCUGGAGGAAGAGUUUGAUCAGACUUUGUUUGACUUGGAUGAUCUCGUCAAUGGCGAAGAGACGAAUGGUGGAAUGUAGAUAAUAUAGCAUGAGCAUACUAUAGAUGGGAAUGAGCAUAGAGUCAACGCCUUCCUGACCUUCGCGUCAUUUUUGGCUCUUGCUUCAACGCUGCGUGACACGCCUAGGCUGAAUAGCCGGCACAAAGUUUAAGUCCAGCGGUGCGCCCUUGCUAGAGGGUCGCAGAGGAAAGCUU